AUAUUCAAGUAUGAAAAUCCCUUCAAAAUAAACAAGACUUGAAUAAUUGUUUUUUUUCAGGAUGGUUAAACAUUAUGAAUGCGUUGUGUGUAAAAAAAGAAUAAAACCCUCUGGAAGACGUCCCAUUCCUGACAAAGCAAAAAAGUUACUAAGAAAGAUUCUAUCUGUUCUUCCCUGUGAUGAUGACGUAAUAUGCACUUCAUGCCGGACAAAACUUUACCGGAGUAGGCAGAAGAAACUUAAAGAUACAGUCAGUGUGCCACAGCCAUCAACAAGUCAGCUUAUCAGUCCUCCAUCGGUAGUUCUUAAAAUCCCAUCAACAAGCAGGAGCCAUUCAAGAUGUUUUGUCUGCAAAAAAGCUGGUCCAAAACUUGUUCGCCUGGGUUCAGAGUGUCGACUUCAAGCAUUUCUACAGCACAAUAUCAUAGUUCAUUCAGAUGCCAGAUGUUGUCCAGUACACGUUUCAGAUAAAACGCUAAAGAUAGAUUCUGUGGAAGGCAUUGAUCACCUCAACGCAUCUUCAUAUCUGAACAGGUCAUCUAUUUCUAAUCUCCUUCAAAAUAUGCGAUCUUUAUGCAUUCAACAGAAUUCUUCCCUGAACUUUGACACUCUUCAAGAAGCAGACUACUCUUCACUUACAGGACUUUCAAAACCACAAUUUAAUGAUCUCUUCUCACACAUCAAUGAUAAGAUAAAAUCAACACCGUCACGAUCACCUAGAACAACUGUUGGACUGUUUCUCCUUAAGUUAAAGUCAGGCAUUUCUAACAGGCUUCUUUCAACUAUCUUCAGCCUUUCAAAGUCAAGUGUUAGACGUGCCAUUGCCACUGUAAGAGAGGCCCUGAUGAGAAGUUUCGUGCCGCUCUACCUUGGAUUUGAGAGUGUGACAAGGGAAUCAAUACUAUGCAACCAUACACGACAGUUAGCUAAAUCCCUAUUUUGUUCUUCUUCUGAUAAAAUUGUUUUGGUUCUUGAUGGCACAUACAUUUACAUCAAUAAAUCGAACAAUUACAAGUUUCAAAGAAGAACAUACAGUCUUCACAAAGGUCGACCUCUCGUAAAGCCAAUGGUCAUUGUUACAACCACAGGACAUUUCGUGAACAUAAUUGGUCCCUACCUUGCUGAUGGAAAGAACAAUGAUGCAGCCAUCCUUAACCACAUCCUCAAGUCAAACAUAGAUGAUGUGAAGGAUUUCCUUGAAGAAGGAGAUGUGCUGGUAGUGGAUCGCGGGUUCAGGGACUCUCUAGAGCUACUGGAAGACUUAGGCAUACAUGCAAAGAUGCCAGCAUUAAUGACAAAGGGACAGAAGCAGCUUCAAUCUGAUGAGGCAAACGAAAGUCGUUUAGUCACAAAGAUAAGGUGGGUUGUUGAGUCAGCAAACGCGCGGAUCAAGCGUUUCAAGUACUUAGACAAUGUGAUGCCAAAUAGCCAAAUACCAUUCAUUGGCGACUUUGUACGCAUUGUUUGUUCCAUCUCGAACAAAUACUUUCCCCCACUCAGUAGCACUGACCAGUCAGAGAGUGAUGUUGCUAUGGCAGCAAAAAUGGUAAGAUUGUUAGAAAGGGAAAAUGAGCUUCAGAAAAAAGUAGAGAAGACAGGUUUAGAUAGAAAACAGACAGUGUGGAAGAAUGUCGAUGAAGAAGACAUAUAUUUCCCAGUUCUAAACAGUGAACAACUGAGUGAGCUGACACUGGGAGUUUAUCAAUUGAGUCUGUCACCAUCAUACAUUCAAGAACAUUUAGACGGAGAGUUCGACAUUAAAGUCAACACAGAUGAUCCAAAACUACUUUGUGUUAAGAUGCAAAGCAGACACUCUUCAUCAAAAAGAUAUAUGCUCUGGAUUCAAGUUGAAAACGAGGCAGUAGAUGGAUGGUAUUGCACGUGCAGGUGCGGCUCAAGAGUCGUUGGAAUGUGUGCCCAUAUUGCUGCAAUAGUAUGGUAUCUGUCUAACGGGCGUCAUAGCGGGAGAGAAAGUUAUGGUGUCCGUGAUUGGGGUGUACACCUUUCAGACGCCGCUGAAUUUAAAAUCGACGUGGCAAUUGACGAAUCAUCUGGCAGCGAUACAGACUGAUAUAUCGUGCGACGUUGUUUACCUCAUUACCAUAAAACAAUGCUGAUACAACUUUCAUUUUUAUUAACUUUUUCGUUUUUUAAAGUAAAUAUCAAGCAAUAUUAUUACAUUAUUCAUUUACACAGAGAUAAAAACAUGGUGUAAGAACUGAUACCGACAUUCUAUCUUUAUGGUGUUAUGAUGCUGAAUAACAACUGUUGAAUUUUUCACAUAUUUGUUCAAUAUAUCUAAAUCAAUUGCUUGUGGUUAAGUUUCAAGCGAGAUCAUAUAAAUUUUCUUUAAAAAGUUGUCAUAUAUUUUUGUAGCUUGUUGAUUGUUCAGAUUCAAGAACAAAUAUUUGAGCCGUGUCACGACAAAACCAACAUAAUGGGUUUGCGACCAGCAUGGAUCAAGACCAGCCUGCGCAUCCGCGCAGUCUGAUCAGGAUCCAUGCUGUUCGCUUACCAACCCUAUUACAAGUAGAGAAACUAAUAGCGAACAGCAUGGACCCUGAUCAGACUGCGCGGAUGCGCAGGCUGGUCUGGAUCCAUGCUGGUUACAAACCCAUUUUGUUGGUUUUGUCGUGACACGGCUCAUUUAAAUAUCGAUUUUAUUUUCUUACCCUUUAUUUAAAAAGCAAUGUUAACAUUAAUCAUUCUGUUAUUUACGCUAUGUUUGUAUUUUACUUUGCAAGCAUCAUAACCAAAUCAUUUUGUUUUAUUCAUUAUGUUUAUAUUUAUUAUGUUAAAUAUGUGAUAUUUAUGAAUAUUAUACUUAUUGACUAUUCCUGCAACUAGUUUUAUUUAUUUCGUUAUCAAUUCUUCUUAAGUAAUUUUGUAAAUCUAAUGGUCAUUCAAUUCAUAUUCAAAUUUUAAAAGCGCAAAACUUAUAUUUUUCAAGAAAUAACAUUGUCCGAAUUUUGUAUAUCCGAAAAUUGGUUAACUGCUUAAAAAAUGCUUUAUUCUUGGAAAACAUUUAAUUAAUACAGUUAAUUUCAUAAAAGCUAAUUAGUUGGGUACAUGUAAGGAUUAUUCUUAAAGGGAAAAUAAACAUUAAAUAUAGUAGACGUUAUUUUUAUUUUGCGAGAUCAAUAAACGUUUGAUUCUGAUAUUAACUGGAUUAACGGGCGUUAAUGAUUAAGAGAAAAUUUCGACGUCAUCGUUAAGAAUUUUUGUUAAAAAAUGUUUCUUUCAUCAACUAGAUAUAUUGAACCUCUAAUUAAAAUGUUUUUCAUCUAUUUCUGAGGUUGGGCCAUUUUCGGUGGUUAGUGAACCUAGCUCU